UCCAACCUCGCUCUCUUUUCCUUUUCGUUUUUGGAAGCAAUCACCUCGAAAUCACUUUCAUCUCUGUUACCUCUCUUUUUUUGUUAAUUGGAAUUUUGAAUUUUAUUUUGUACGGGAAGGGUUUCGUUUGGUUUUGUUGGCUCCGAAGCAGUUAUCAAUCUCAACUACUUGCACAAACCCUUAAAAAUUUGGGAAUUUGUCUUCCAAUUUUUUGGGUGAUCAUUCCAUUCUGAGGAAUGCUUUGAAGCUGUGAAGAAUUGGAUCUAGCCGGUGAAGAAUUCUAUUUGUGGGAUUCUGACCGGCGAGAGAGAGAGAGAAGACAAAAUGGCGAACUUGGAGUUGCAGAUGAGCCCUCAGUUGGAACAGAUCCAUGGAGAAAUUCGUGACAAUUUUCGAGCCCUCGCAAAUGGCUUCCAGAAGCUGGAUAAGAUUAAAGACUCCAAUCGACAAAGUAAACAGCUGGACGACCUUACAGGGAGGAUGAGAGAGUGUAAAAGGUUGAUCAAGGAGUUUGAUCGUGAAAUUAAGGAGGAGGAGGGAAAAAAUCCUCCUGAAGUUAACAAGCAACUAAAUGACGAGAAGCAAUCCAUGAUUAAAGAGCUGAAUUCAUUUGUGGCAUUGAGAAAAACGUAUAUGAGCACCUUUGGCAAUAAGAGGGUUGAACUCUUUGACAUGGGAGCUGGUGCUAGUGAACCUACAGCUGAUGACAACGUUCAAAUGGCAUCAGCUAUGUCAAAUCAGGAGCUUGUUAAUGCUGGGACGAAGACAAUGGAUGAAACUGAUCAGGCCCUUGAACGCUCCAAACAGGUUGUUCACCAAACAAUAGAAGUGGGAACCCAAACUGCUACUACCUUGAAAGGCCAAACUGAGCAAAUGGGUCGUAUUGUUAAUGAACUGGAUACAAUUCAGUUCUCUAUUAAAAAGGCCUCCCAGCUUGUGAAGGAGAUUGGUAGGCAGGUGGCAACAGAUAAAUGCAUCAUGCUUUUUCUUUUUCUGAUUGUCUGUGGUGUGAUUGCCAUAAUCAUUGUAAAGAUUGUGAAUCCUAACAACAAAAGCAUCAGAGACAUCCCCGGAUUGGCUCCUCCAGCUCCAACCACGCGGAGAUUGUUGUACCUAAAGGCUGGUGAAACAUUUUGAGUAACUUCUUCAUCCCAGAUGGGGGGGAGGCUUAUUUCAUCCAAUCUCUUUUAGUCUCGUUUUGAGUUGGCGGGAGAAGGUGGGAAGCAUACUGUUCGAGGGUGUGUCGGAUUUACGUUACUGUGUCCUUCAUGAGAUGUGCAUAUCAUGUUUGUGAAUUUCUGUGUAAAUCAUAUGCGAGGUUUGUGUUCACCUGCUUUUUUGCAUUGGUUUAAAUUCAUGUUUCUUUCUAUAAAUCUUCCAAGAACAUUGUAGUUGUAGAAAUAAAUAAUAUACUGCUGAAUCCCGUGUGAGAUCUUAUGCAAAAAAAAAAACCUAUUGGGAAUGAUGAG